AUGCCGAACCUGAGGAACUUGCUGCGCAAGCGGCCCUCAUCCAGCACCUCGGGGGCCUACCUCAGUCCCCAAGUACUGGAGGCCGCCUCAAAUGCAUAUUACAACAAUGCCAACAAGUCAAACUUCAUGGAGGAGAUCCCCGAGAUCUUCCAGCUGCCUGCGCUGGACCGAGGCAAGUGGACGGCGCAGCAGGAGAUGGAAAGGGCCCAGCAGGCAACGCUCGUGGAAGGGGGCAGGAAGGCUGGGAAAUCGCGAGUCCACUACUUCAGCCCACGCCUGAGACUCGUGCUCUUCAGCAAGGACUUCUUCAUCAGUGCCAUCAACCAGAAGACCCACGUCAUCUUCGGGGUCGUGUUCCUCCUGUACGUCUUCCUCUCCUUCUUCUGGUCCAUACCCUACUACCUCAUCAUGCGCUUCGAGCCAGGGUGCAUCUACGGCGCCACCCACUACGUAGAGAUCUGGAUCUACGCCUUCAUCACCAUGGCCACCAUUGGGUAUGGCAACACCGGCCCCCAGGCCUGCUGGUCCACCUCGGUCGUCAUCUCGGUCCAGAGCAUCUUCAGCCUGCUGCUGGAGGCGGUGGUCAUCGGCAUCAUCUUCGCGCGCAUCUCCCACCCCAAGCAGCGUGGCCGCUCCAUCUUCAUCUCCGACUCCGCGGUCAUCUCGCGCCGGGACGGCAUCCUCAAGUUCAUGUUCCGCGUGGCCGACGUGCGCAAGACGCAGGUGGUGGACCCCAAGAUCAAGGCCUACCUGUACACCUGGGGCGACGGACGCAUCACCGCCGAGGGGGAACGGGUGCCAGUGCGGUGCGAGGCGCUGGAGAUCGGCUACAUCGACGGCAUGCUCAUCCUCCCCCUCAUCAUCGAGCACACCAUCGAUGAGCUGUCGCCCCUGUGCGGCCACACUCACGACAGCCUGCAGGCCAUGAACGCCGAGCUGGUCAUCACCUUUGAGGGGACCACUGAGUUUGGCAACCCCUUCAUGGCCCGCCGCUCCUUUGUGCCCACCGACAUCUUCUGGGGCUACCAGCCGGCCUCGCCCCCGCUCCCCGCCUCCGCCCUCUCCCGCCUGGUCACCAACCGCGCCAAGCGCACCGUGCCCUACCCGCUGCUGGGCGACAACACGCUGGUGGUAUCAGACACGAUGUGCCUGUACCGCGACGAGGCCGGGCGGCUGUGCCUGGCGGCACGCGUGGCCGACACCUACCCAAACCAGAUGAUUGAGAUCACCGCCAAGAUGCAUCUGUAUCGCUGGGCCGCCCCCGGUUCGGACCCGUCCUUUGAGUGCAUUCCGUUGGAGUGCGGGUACAAGACGGGGGAGGACAGGCUCUACCUGCGCCUGCCCAUGGAGCUCACCCACGUGAUCGACGAGGCCUCCCCGCUGGCCGCCUGGCUGCAAGGGGAGGAGGGACGAGCGGCGGACGCCGACUCGGAGGUCGUGGUCAUGUUGACUGGGUACAUGUUCUCCACGGGGUCCAACAUCCUGCGUCAGCGGACCUACUCCGUGCUGAACCACAUCAAGAUGGACCACCGCUUCGUGCCCAUCGUGCGGCACCCCGAGCUGCAGGCCGACAAGAAGCCGGUGGUGCGCUGGGCACGCUUCCACGACGUGGCCUCCACCGACCCCAAGGCCCGCGCGCUGAGGACCGCCAUGACGCAGCGCCAGUCCUUCCGCCAGCAGAGCCCGGACAACCCCUCCCCCCCCGCGCCCGGCGCUGCGAGUGCGGCGGCAGCCAGCCUGUCCCGCGCCUCCCCUGGCCUUGGCUUCAGCCCCCUGGACGCCGCCAACGACUUCACCGUCUCGCCCAUCGACCUGGCGCGCUACGCGGCCAUGGUGACGGCGGCGGGGGACAACACGCUCACGCGCGGCGCGGGGGGACGCCGCGAGUUUCCCCCCAUUCCCGACUUCCAGUCCAUCGUGGACGAGGCGGGGGCCGACCCCGCCACGCGCCACGCGCUGCGCAUGCUGCCCUCGAUCGCCAAGUACACGCUGACCACCUUUGACGCUGCCGACUCCCUGCCCCACCGCGUGGCGCUGCACCCGGCCAUGCCCGGGGCCAGCCGUUUCCGGGGCAUGAUGGACGACGAGGAGGAGGACAUGGAGGAGGUGGGGGACGACCUGGGCGAGGACCUGGCGCGGUACGAGCUGGACAUGCAGGGCAGCGAGGGAGGAAAGGACGGCGCGGGGACGGGGGUGGCGACCGCAGACGCCUGGGCUGAGCCGGAGGCUGGGCCCUCAGACCUGGGGCCGGUGGCGGCCGCCGUGGAGGCUAGCGCGUCCAGCCAGCCGGAGGCCUCGGGCAGCGAGGCGACAGAAGAGCGGGGGGGCGGGAGCCCCAGCGCGGUCCGGGAGGACGAGCUGGGGCUGGAGGCGCCGGCAUCUGGCCGGGCUCCCAUCCUGCAGACUUCAUCUCCGAGCGCAGGCGGGGAGGACGCCUCCUCCCCCGUCGCCCUCAUCGAGGAGGAGGUGGAGCCGGGCAUGCUGGAGACGCCCGGCAGCGGCGGCAGCUUGCGCCUCCUGGGCUCCCGCACCUUCGCACCCAGCUUCCGGUCCCAGCCGGAGCGAGACGAGGCGACGGCUGAGGAGGACGCCGGCGAGGAUGCUGAGGAGGCCAACGCCGGGCCCAUCCACUUCAAGUGA